AAGAAGUUAUCUCUUGCUUUGCCUUUAUGUAAUCACAUGCAGGUAUUUCACCUAACUUUUGUGUUAUGGGCGUAAAUUUUAUAUUUUCUCUUUCUGUCAGGUUAAACUAAAAGAUACAUGAUGCACAGAAGUAAAAGCAUGCCGUUUCUUCCAAACGUUUCAAGAAAUAGAGGCAGGGGCCAGAGAAGGGGAAGAAGGAGAGGACCAGACUGGUCAAACCCCAGGGCCCAGUGUGCAUGUGAGGAGAGUGACGAUGAAUCGUCCUCAAGCAGUGUUAGUGAGUAUUCUCACCAGAGCCGUGUCGAUGAUUACUGUCACCAGACUAGACCCCUCAGAAGAAGCAUGAGUCGAGAUGAGGAGAGUUCUUCAGAAUUACGCAUUUUCGAUUUUCUAGUAAAAUCAGUUAGCGGAAUUGUCAGUGUUUUAAGAUUAAAGGAGGACUUUUACCAAAUACCAUCUAAUUUUGAUGAGUGGAUCUUGGACCCCAAAGAAAGGCUACUUGUCUUCAAACAAGAGCACUCGACUCCACUUUACAUUGGGCCUUUCCUUCAGGAGGUCACGCUUUGUCCAGAUCACAUGGCACAAAAUGGCAUGUGUGACCGAGUGAACUGUAACCAUUUUCAUAUUUGCCAAUUCUAUCUAAAUGGUUGGUGCAGACUUGGAUAUAGAUGCAGAAAAGGACACGGGUUUAACGAUGCACAUAAUGGGAGAUUAAAAGAAAAGCUUGGAUUAUCCAAAUAUAUCGAUAAGGAAUUGAAAGUAAUACUUAUAAAUAGAUACCCUCAAGUAUGUAACAUUAGAAACUGCAAUGGUGGGGAAGAAUGUCCAUAUCUUCAUAUUUGUUACAACUUUAUCAAAAAUAGAUGCAAAAGCGACCUCUGUGGUGAAGGACAUUCAUUUGAGACGCCACACAACAAGUGGGUUCUGUCAGUAUACAGAAUGGAGAAAUGGCCAAAGAAAAAUCUACCUUUGCUGAAUGCUUUGAUCAACAAGCCACAAAGACCACAAAAGUCACAUUUUCUCCAGCUUACCAGUAUUUCCUCUGCCGGUUGCAAAAUUGAACGUAAUUCUUCUUUAUAUGUUUUUGAAAUAACAUAUAUAAUAUUUUCCAUUUAAAAAAUGAACUUAGCCUAAUCAAUUUAUCUCUCAU